GGUGCCCAGUCAUGCAGAAGGAAGACUAAAGCCCUGGGUGCUACAUGCUGUAUAUGUCUACUCCUGAGUUCCCCACAUAGAUCUUUAGAAAAAAACAUGUGGUCACGAAAUCUUUUAAUUGCUUCUGUAAUUGUCUUUUUGGCAACAACAAUUUCAACUGCUCCUGUGGAAGAGAAAGAGCCGGAGGAGAUAGAGGUAGAGGACGGUGAAGAGGAACUCUCAGAAGAGGAGGAGGAUGAUGAUGACUCCAAGAGUCAGGAAAAGAAUAUGGGAAUUGGAGCACAGCAAGCUACCACAGUAUCUAAAGGCCUGGGUUUAAGCGCUCAGCCUGGCACCUCAUUCCAGGGCGAAGCUCCGAAUGGACAUAAACUCAAUGGGGAUAGUGCCAUGCAAGCUGGGCCUGACCGUAAUGGUGGUGGUGGAGGAGGAGGAGGGGGAGGUGGUGGUGGAGGAGGAGGUGGAGGAGAUUCACAUACUUCACCAUCUGACCCCAGCUCCCAUGAUGCUUCUUUGCCAGGACAUGCAGGCUCCUCUUUAGAUACCAGUAUUGCAGGUCCCAGUUUGGAUCCGAGUCAAACAGGUGCAGGGGCUCAUGGCAGUUCAGUGUCACACGUGCAAGCCCCAGGAAAAGUGGUUGUCCACCCAGGAACAGGGGUUGUCCACCCAGGAUCAGGGGUUGUCCACCCAGGAACAGGGGUUGUCCACCCAGGAACAGGGGUUGUCCACCCAGGAACAGGGGUUGUCCACCCAGGAACAGGGGUUGUCCACCCAGGAUCAGGGGUUGUCCACCCAGGAACAGGGGUUGUCCACCCAGGAACAGGGGUUGUCCACCCAGGAUCAGGGGGAUCAGGGGUUGUCCACCCAGGAACAGGGGUUGUCCACCCAGGAUCAGGGGUUGUCCACCCAGGAACAGGGGUUGUCCACCCAGGAACAGGGGUUGUCCACCCAGGAACAGGGGUUGUCCAUUCAGAUACAAUCUCUCACGGCUCAAUGGGACAAGCAGGAGGGAGCUCCACUCUCAUCAUUAUCCAUGAGGCUCAUCCACAGCCUGCAGGUGGCAGCAUUCAUACAUUUGAUGCUGCUGGCUAUCAGACUGAGGCUCCAACAAGUGAGACUGAAAUAGAGUCGCCUGAGUAUGACACACCUGAGUCACCUGAGUUUAAUGGUAAUGGUCACAAGCUGCUGAUUGGAGGAGCAGUAGAAAAUGGACAUGCAGCUAUACCUGUAGUCACUGACCUCUUCAUUGAGGACACAACUCACAUGGAUCCCACAGGUGCUAUGGAUCCACUUGGUGCAAGUUCUCACCUGGACAAUACAGGUGAGUGUCCAGGUAUUUUCGACCAAUCCAGCCAUGACUUCCUCAUUGGUUUAAUGGGUGGUGUGGGGGAUCCGUAUGCUUCUGACAUCCAUAUCGACAUCUCAGAUCACACUGGAAUGACUUCUCAAUUAGACUCAAUAGCUGUGGGUUCGGGUCCAGGACCGGCGUUGUCGUCCAGUAGCAGCCCGGGUCCAGACGUUCCACCAGGCCUUGGAGAUCACAUAGGUCUAAUAAGUGAUUUUACAGGCCUUACUGACUACUCAGGGCCUGACCAUCCAUAUCUGAGCUCAGGUUUCGAUGGAUCAUACCACUCAGCAGGUGAUCCUGCUGGUCUAUCCGAUACUACCGACCACCCAGUAGCAGUGAUGUCACAUACUGAUUAUUCAUCAUCGCACAUUGACCACCCAGGAAAUGGUCGUCAAAGCCAGGUUACAGACACACAUGGAGGUGAUCAUGCGGUCAACGAUGUGCAUCAUGAUGUAACAGAUCCACCUGGGCAGCAGAUGGUGUCUACAGACAUAAGCCUACUAGAUGCUGGUGAGCACGGCGUCGUCUCUCACCACGACGACAUGGGAGCUGUUACAGACGGGGUCGCCGUUCAGCAUCAUGAUGACGUUCACACCGUCAGCCCUCAAACAGAUACCACAGCACUUGGGGCGAACGUGUACAGCUCCAGCGCACCAGGGACGCCCGAUUCUGUGCUUGGAUUUGGACAUGACACUACAGUUGUUGCAGAAGCACACAGUGUCUUCAUUCAGACCGAUUCCCCAGUCACAGCUGAUGCACAAGGAUCCACUCUACAGGCUUCCAGUCAUCCUGGUGUAACAGAACAGACACAGCCUGCUGUUUCCGCAGCUGAACAGUACAACCCAUCUGGUCAGGGUCCUGAAGGUGCAGAAAAUGUGGAACUGGAGGAUACCUGCUGACUUCCAUAUGAAGCCUCGUGUCAAGUUUCUACGCUACAGAUUUCAGUGUACGGACCAGUCUGCAUGGCAGAGAAACAGUGAUCCAGCCCACUAGCAAAUCUAGUUGUUUGUGUCUAUGUUUGUUUGUUUGAACUUUGUCUAUUUAAACUUAAAGAUGACACUGUAAGUAAACUUUUUGCGCACUUGUUAAUAGACGUUUUGUUUCAUUCGUUGCAUAUAUGACAAAAAGACAAGAGGGUACUAAGGAGAACCCUCUGACUCAGAUGAAUAUGGCUCAUUCAAAAGCGUCAUCCCUAUGAAUAUUGUUGUACAAAAGCUCAAACAAUAUACUGAAUCUUUAUGAAGCUUUGUUAUUUUGUAAUUUCCACAUGUACUGUAUUUCCCAGUUUAGAAAAUGUGAGAAAUAAUAAAUAAUUUUGUGUCAGAAAUUGUACAUUGCGAAAUGUAUAUCAAAGUAAUCUCUACAUUAAAAGGAACAUCUAUUUUGAACAUCAAA